GUUGUACUGAUCUGGACUUUGCGUAACUUAGCUCGAGUUUAAAUGGAUUUGAGGGGUUCUCCUAAUCCUUUGGGUCUUAUGCACCGAUAAAAUAUGGCGGAUUAUGAUGGUGGCAUUCUAGCUGUUGGGAUAAAUGUAGAUAUACAGAGGACAGAUGGUCGUGUACAUUCGGCUAUUGUUAGUGGUAUUAAUCCCAACACGAAAAGUGUGACAGUAGAAUGGUAUGAAAAAGGAGAAGCCAAAGGAAAGGAGAUAGAAUUGGAAGCAAUACUUCAAUUGAACCCGAAUUUAAGAUAUUCAUGUCCCAUCACUGAUAAUGUUUGUGUGACUGUUGAUGUCAGUCGAAACAAUUUAGUUAAAGAAGUUCCGAAUUCCUCACACCGUCCGGGAGUCAAUCUACCUAGUGAUAUACGGCAGCCUCAAAAUUCUGUUCCCGUGGUGGCUUCUGCCGCUGUUCUCGCUCCAUCCAGUAACAAAGUUAACGCCACUCAAAUAGACUACUCAUCUAGUAAUCAAUCUCGUUUGAUUGCUCCAUCAACACGUGUUCCUGUCCCAUCGUCUCGUUUGCCUACUGGCCAUGUUCCCACUCGCUCUACAACAAUAUCAGCCUAUGAUGACCGUACAAAUAGCUCUUCUCGGCUUCAAGCUUCUCUCCCGGUACAUAAUUCUGUGGAUAUUAGUCACACUCACAAUGAAGGAUCCCGUUAUAAUGUACAUCAGCAUCGUACAAUUUCUGAUGAGCCAAUGGAUGAAGAUUUGGAACCAUCUGAAUCUGUUCAACUGGACCACAAUGAUUAUAAUCACGUGUCACGGGAACCUGAAAAUAAUACUUUACUCACUGAACGGAUGGAACAGGAUAUCGGUGAUGUAACUGAAGAUAACCUUCAAUCAGGAAUAAUCAAUGGGAACCGUGGCUAUGCAGGUGAUGUUUCUCGCCGUCUGAUAGGUCGCGCAAAUUCUAAUUUAGGCGCACCUACUGUAAAUAGUACAUUGUCUGCACUGAAUACAAGUUCGGCUACUACUGCUCCUGGUAUUAACGCUGGUGCCGCUGGUGGCAGUGGAACUCUACGCAAGUCUAAUUGUGUGAAAGAAAUCGAGCGAAUACAACAGCGACGUGAAGAACGACGUGCUGCCCAGAAAGCAGUUCGUGAUCAAAUUGAUUUAGACCCAACCAAUCCAAGUUAUGAGUUUCAUAUGAUGAUCCAUGAAUAUAGAAAUACAUUGGAAUACAGACCUUUAACCAAUACAGAUUUAAUAGAAGAUCAUCAAAUAUGCGUUUGUGUACGUAAACGUCCUAUGAACAAAAAAGAACUUGGUCGUCGUGAAAUCGAUGUGAUCACAGUCCCGAAUAAACAACAUGUACUUGUCCAUGAACCAAAAACUAAAGUUGAUCUAACGAAAUAUCUUGAAAAUCAACAAUUCCGUUUUGAUUAUGCAUUUGAUGAUACAUCGGAUAAUGAACUUGUAUAUCGGUAUACUGCGAAACCCUUAGUGGAAUGUAUAUUUCAGCGUGGUAUGGCCACAUGCUUUGCUUAUGGCCAAACAGGAUCUGGAAAAACACAUACAAUGGGUGGUGAAUUCCAUGCUCGUGGCCAACAAAAUUGCUCUAAUGGAAUUUAUGCCUUAGCAGCUGCUGAUGUCUUCGAUUUGAAUACAACUACGUAUAGGAAUGAGAAUCUUAGAAUUGUUGCAACAUUUUUUGAAAUAUACAGCGGGAAAGUUUUUGAUUUGUUAAAUAAGAAAGCCAAACUUCGAGUACUGGAAGAUGCUAAAGGUCAAGUACAAAUAGUUGGAUUACGUGAAGAAGAAGUGAAUUCAGUUGAUUGUGUUUUAAAACUUCUACAACAUGGUGCACAUAUUCGAACUAGUGGUCAAACAUCAGCUAAUCAACAUUCUAGUCGUUCCCAUGCUGUCUUUCAAUUGAUUUUAAAAAAACAAUCUACGGGAAAAAUUCAUGGUAAAUUUUCACUUAUCGAUUUGGCGGGUAAUGAACGUGGUGUGGAUACAAGUAGUUCUGAUCGACAUACUCGAAUGGAAGGUGCUGAAAUUAACAAAAGUCUUUUAGCUUUAAAGGAAUGCAUUCGUGCUCUUGGUCGGCGUGGUGCACAUCUACCUUUUCGUGCAAGUAAAUUAACUCAAGUACUACGUGAUUCAUUUAUUGGAGAUCGUUCUCGAACGUGUAUGAUUGCUAUGAUAUCACCUGGUAUGUCCAGUUGUGAACAUACAUUAAAUACACUACGUUACGCUGAUCGGGUGAAAGAACUUGGACCAGGAACUUUGUCAGCAAGUAACAGUAAUACUGAUCUACCGGCAAAUGGUAAUACUAAUCAACCACAGUUAUCAUCUCGUAGUUCAAAUUGUACUGUUGCUGGAAGCACAAUGACUCCACAAAUCAACUUUCGGAAUCCUCCAAAUACUAAUAUAGGAACAAGCGGAAAUAUCUUGUCGAAAAAUUAUUACCUUUCAUCUAAUAAUAAUGAUUUUAGUAAUAUCAACUGGCAGAAUGAUACAUUGACAAACAAUCAUGUCAAUUCAAUUGCUGGCGGUGACGGUGAUUUAGCUAUGCUUCGAUCAGCUAAUGUGUUGUUUGUACUUCAUUUUGCUCUCUUCAAUAGGAAGGUGAAGUACCUGAAGAAGUUCUUCAUUUUCAUGAAGUUAUUGAUCAGAUUGAACGCAUGGAAGAAGAAAUUUGUGAUGAUCACAAAGCUGUUUGUCAUUCCAUGAGCGAUUGGACUAAGGAGCAUUAUUCUUUAUACAAGAUAUCAAAUCAAGUAGAAUUCGAUGUUGAAGAAUACAGUGCUCGUUUAGAAUAUCUACUUGGUAAACAAAUUAAAGUUUUAUCCUCUUUAAAAGGCAAGUUAAUAUAUUGUUAAUCAUCGAUUCGUUAUUAUCCUUAAUUUUAUUACUGUCAUUUUCACUUCACCUGGGUGGUUUUAUUUGAUGCUUUAUUGUAUUUGAAGUUGACGUUAAUGAUGUCUAAAACGUUGAUGAAUGCUUCUGAUAUAACUGUUGAAUGAAGAUAAAUUCUGUUUACCUCAAUAAUAGAGCUUAUGAUUGAGAUUCUACUAUCCGUGGACUAGAUACUUCGAAAAGGCUAGGCUCUUGAUCAAUUAGAUGCGCGAUUUGCAAUCAAAUAUAGAGAAUCAAAGUAUAAACGAGACAAUACUUUACUCAGCACAGUUACAAGCAGUUUACACUCAGUGAGUUAGUUCCGAAUUGAAAUUAAUAAGAAGAAAGAAAAUCACAGAUUAACUAGUCAACUAGCUGUGUCUAUCUGUUCAAGUUUAUUGGGCAGUUACAUCUUAUUUUCAUUAGUCACCCUUCCGUAUCACAACUACACAAUCCAGUUCAAAAAAUAUAACAACAUUUACUCAUCGGAAAUCAGUUUGUCGUCUAUGUUGCUUGAUAUCACUGUAAAAUAAGAAGGCCGUAUCUAAUUCGUUAUGAUUUUAUGUCCGGCUUUUGAUCACGUGACUUGUCCACCAAUCGGAAUACGACUUGUCUGAUUAUAACACUGUCAAAUCAAUGACGUUCGACCGAAAAGAGCAGUCUAUUGUCCUUAUUGGUCCUUCAUCCGCCUAACCCUUCCAGUUGAGUGCAGAACACCAAUAACAGUUUUUGCUACGCGAAUCAUUUAUUUCAAAAAUACUUGGUUUAUAUAUCAGACAAAUAGACCUUAUCGCACCAUGAAAUAGAAAAUAAUAUUCGUACAAGAUCAAGCCAAAUGUGACUGUGAACGGUGGGAUACAAUAACCAAUAAACUGAAUAUAAUUUAGGGAAAGUAACUCAUGUAAUAUUAAUUCAUAGGUCAAAAGGAAGCUUACAAUGAGAUGAAUAUGUAUAUCACAAUCUUGUCGACUGUCUGAAAACUAAAUUACACAUCUUAUCAAAUUUGAAUAAAAUUUGAUAAUUUCAUCACUCACUAGUUCUGAUGUAGUAUUUUCUCCCUCAAGUGAAACAAAAACUUUCAACCGUUAUAAUAUACAUUUUUUUCAUUUAGUGGAUUUAUAUGGUUCUGAUCUAACAAUUGCCAUCGUACGAUCGAGAGCGAGAAGGGUCCGCUCUCUUUCUCAAAAUGCUCUCAUGUGACCACGCGUAUAUAGCCUUUGCCAGGGAAGUCCUAUUCAAUGCCUUCUCGUAGCGGGGGUGUUUACGAAAUUGAGAGGACGAAAGGUGAAUGUCCAGCGCUUUAAUCGGGUUGGUGAAAACGGAAAGUUCACCUACGGGAGUUGGAAAACCCUGAUUCCAAACCAAUGGUGCACAUAGGCUCCAGGAUCCAGAACGAACAAAUGACGUAUGAACCAAUCGUUAGUCACUGACCUUUAGAUAAAAGGCUCCGGGUGAGGUCCCCUAAGGAAACCACCUACUUCAGUUCAGGCACCUGGACAGUAUCACAGCCCUGACACAAAUCAAAUGAAAUUUGUGAGGCGCAUAUAUAUCUGGUGCCUCUUUUUACCAACAUUUAAGUGUUCAAAUAAAUAAGUAAAUAUCUCAAACCAGAAUAUGAUAACUAUUAGUCAAUAAUAUGUCUUUAUAUACAACUGGUGUUAUAUGUGAAAUUAAAGUAUCAGAUAUGGUUGAUGACAUUGUUUUGAGGAGACAAAAAAGCAAUUCAAUAACUGGAAAUUAUCAUAUAAUCUCUGUUUAUCAUUAUUGUUCAUUCUUGAUUAUCUUAUCAGAAAAUUGUUUUGUUUGUUUGUUUUUCCUAUUUUCACAGAUAAAGUGACAUUAUGGCGCCGUGAUCUACGACAAGAAGAAGAAUUAAGCACUAACUUACAACGAAAUCAUAAAUUAUAGUUUCUAACUCAUUUAGUUGAAACAAAUCAAUAACAUAAAUAAUAUGAAAUGUUUAACAAUUUCCAUUCAAUCAAUCAUGUUCCAAAUGUAUCCGACUGUCCGUUCACCAAUUCCACAACCUGAUGAAGGUAAUCUAGUCAACCACAUUUUUGUUGAUUAGAUUUUUUGUCAAAGAUUUACUGUGAUACGAUAAAUAGGAUUGUGAAAUGCUUCCUUUUUACAGUUUGUAUGUGGUUAUAAGCAUAUCAAACAUUGAGAAGACUUUUCGUGUUUUAAAAACACUUCUGUUGUGUUACACUGUUGUUGCACCAUGUCGAACACACACGGUUGCUGGUAAUUUGUAUGCCUGUAAAACACUGAAAACAUUUGCGAAUUAUUGUCUUAUAUGUAUCAUCAAUCUUUGUUCUCUCUGUAUUUUCACAGUUCUCAUUGUUCUAUUUUUAUUUUUUUACUUACACCAAUACCAAAUAAAUAAAUAACUCUUCAUGCCUUCUCUCUUUACAUGUUAUCAUUUUUAAAAGUAUAAACGUUACAAUAUCCGAAUUGCAUAUUCCAUCACCGUUUGUGAUUCUGUUAUUAAGUCUAACAUCACAUUUCAGGUGACUGAAUGCUCUUUUUUUCUAAGAUACUAUUUACUUUCCCCCCAUCUUUAAUGUAACAAUAAUCUAUUUGUGCACUGAAUUACUGUUGAUUCAUUUCUCACACAAAAUGAAAUGUAUGUACCUAUUAAAUUGCAAUGCAUUGAUUUCUGUUUUUAGUUGCUUCUUUGUUCAUUGACUAUUUUGCAUGCUAAAAGACAAUGGCAUAACUUCACAAUGUUGACGGUACCACCACAUGCUUUAAGGAUAGAAAGGUCGGUAGUUUUUAAAAACAAUUUUCUGUUCAUUUUUUCAUUCACUAUUCUAAUAAAUACAUUCUUAGGAUCGAAAAUAGCACUUAAUC